AGCUAAAUUACUAUAUACUUAAUGUAUUAUUUCUAUGUUUUGCUGUUAGAUAAUAAAUGGUAGUACUAUUUGACAAAGAAUUUGGAAUUUGUAAGUUAAGGUGAUCUUGCUAAGUAAUACUAGAUGCUAUUAUAUUAUCUGUAGGUAAUACGUUUCCAAACUAUCAAUCAAUCAACUGUCAAACUGAAAUGACAAGUGUGACAACUGUAAUUACGUAAUAUAUGAUACAUUUAACAGUGCGUCCUUUAUCCUACAUCAGACAAUUCAACGUGAAAUAUUUUAGUGAAAUGACCCAUAAAGUAUUUGUCUAUGGUACACUGAAACGUAACGAGCCUAAUCAUCAUUGGCUAACUGCACCAGAGAAUGGAUAUGGUAAAUUCAUUGCUGAGGGAAGGACAAGAACAAAAUAUCCAUUGAUUAUAGCUACGAAAUAUAAUAUACCAUUCCUUAUUUAUAGUCCUGGCCAAGGAUAUAAUGUUAGAGGUGAAAUUUAUGAAGUUGAUAACAUUAUGUUAAGUAAACUGGACAUAUUAGAAGACCAUCCAAAUUAUUAUAUUAGAGAAAUAGACGAUAUUGAAGUUAAAAAAACAGACACAAACGAUGUUGAAACAGUAAAAUGUUGGGUAUAUUUCUUAAAAAGUUUUAAACAGGAGUUGUUGUCACGACCUCAGAUGGAUAAUUACUCAUCGGGAGGGAGUCAUGGUCUACCCUACAUGGAAAGGUCUAAGCGAGAUCCUUCUUAUAACUACCGAGCUGAGAUUAAGGAUUAAAAUCUUAAUUUAUUACUAAUGAAUAUAAUACACGAUCAAAUAUAUAGUCACAAUCAAUUUAUUAUAUUAUAUAGAUAAAUUGAUUUGGCUACCUAGUGGUAUUGAUUUUAAAGUACUUAAACUUAAUUCUAAAAUAUUAAUUCGAUAGUUUAGCUAUGUACAGUAGUUCUAAAGUGUUUUUUCUGAAAAUUUAGUUUACACUGAUCCUUAGAAUAAUCAUUUUACUGUGAUAUCAAAUAGAUAUUUUAAUUUUAAAGACAUAGUAUGGUGCUUAAAAAUUAAGUACAAUGAUUCAUUUUUAAUAAUAAUAAUUAUCAUUUACAAUAGAAUUUCGAUUAUACGAACAUCGAUUAUCCGAAUAUUCGAUUAUUCGGACUUAUUCUUCACGGCUCUAAUUACCGAUUUAGAAAUGGUAUUAUGUAUUAGUUGGGAUUAUAUAUUAGUUACUUAAAAACUACUUUUUUUUUAUACAACUUAGAAUGGCAAACAAGCUGACGGCCCACCUGAUGGAAAGUGGUAACCGUCGCUUAUAGACAUGAGCAGUACCAUGGACAUCACAGAGUAUACUGUUUCGCCCAUGAUACCCCCCAUGUGUUGCCAUUCCUGAGGACUCGGGUGUUAAUCCUCUGUACCCAGUAAAUUCACGCCAUGAAAUGAAAAUAGACCAUUUU